ACUUCCGGAAAGGCGGGCGGGGAGGUGGCGGCGACCGCGUGAGGCGGGGCGGAGGCCGUCGGAGAAUCUACGCCUCAGCGCCCAGGAGCAGCAGGAGGAGGAGGAGGAGAAGAAGAAGAAGAAGGCGGUUCUCCCCGGCCCCAAGGCGCCGCACUCGCCCCGCUCGUCCGGCCGGCGCGGGGUUGGAGGGGGGGGGCGGCCCCGGCCUGAGGGCCCCAAAAUGACAAAAAAGAGGAAAUAUCAAGAAGAUUUUCAAAAGGUGAAGCUGAAAGUUGGCAAGAAGAAGCCUAAACUAGAAAAUGCCACAGACACGAACUUUAAAACAAAAGCGAUACAUCUUCCAGAGCAGCUCAAAGAAGAUGAAACCCUCCCAACAAACAAUAGAAAACUGAACAUCAAGGAUCUGCUGUCACAGAUGCACCACCAUAAUGCCGGAGUGAAGCAGAGUGCUCUGGUUGGGCUCAAAGAUCUCUUGACCCAGUACCCGUUCGUAAUCGACGCUCACCUUUCCAGUAUAUUAAGCGAGGUAACCGCUGUGUUUACAGACAAGGAUAGUAGCGUAAGAGCAGCAGCGGUCCGCCUCCUCCAGUUUCUGGCCCCGAAAGUACGAACUGACCAAAUCACUCCGUUUUUCCCCCUGGUGAGCGCCCACCUGUCCAGUGCGAUGACACACAUCACGGAAGGGAUUCAGGAAGAUUCUUUAAAAGUCCUGGACAUCCUUCUGGAAGAGUAUCCCGCUCUCCUUACCGGUCGCAGCAGCAUCCUGCUGAAGAAUUUUGUCGAACUCAUUUCUCAUCAGCAGCUGUCCAAAGGAUUGAAAAAUGGAGACAAGUCUCCAUCGUGGAUAUUGUCCGUUAACCCUAACCGCCGGCUCACGUCUCAGCAGUGGCGACUUAACGUACUGGCACGACUCAGUAAGUUCCUCCAGGCGCUUGCCGAUGGAUCCGGUAGGUCCAGAGAAGGUGCGGGGCUCCAAGAACAAAAGGAAAGCCUACCCCCUGCCAGGAACUCGAUACAGAUCACGUGGAAGGAUCACGCCCGGAGCCAGCAGGCCAUUCAGGUUUACGAAAAUGGAGGCUCCCAGCCAAACGUCGUCUCCCAGUUCCGGCUACGGUCCCCAGUUGGGGGAGGAGGCAGCGCGGAUGAAAGCUUGUCGUCUCCCGAAAACCUGAAAGGAUUCAUCCUGAUCAUCAUUCCCUUACUGAUCGAGUCCUGGGUGGAAGCUACGCCGGGCCAGCUUGUUGCCCCUAUUCUUGGCAAGUUUUUAGAACCCGAAUCUCAGCAGCUCAUGCAGCAGGUGCUCAAUAUUAUUUCCCUGCUCUGGAAACUCUCUAAGCAGCACGAUGAAGCUCACAAAAUGGAGGCAUGGCUUCGAAAGAACUACCUAAAUGACUUCAAACAUCAUUUUAUGAGGCAUUUUCCGUAUUCUGUACAAGAAACAGCCAAGCACAAAAGGAAGGAGUUGAACAAAAGCAACAAACACUGUAUUACUUCCUCAAGCAACGUAGAUCAUCUCUUGUUGAAUUUAACCCUGUGUGACAUUAUGGUCUCCCUGGCAAGCACCUCCACUCUCCAGGCAGAUUCCGAUUGGAUAGAAAUGAUUAGGAAAUUUGUGACGGAGACUCUUGAAGAUGGCUGCAAGCUUACGAGCAAGCAGCUGAACAGAUUGCUCGGGGUGACCUGGAGAUUAAUGGAGAUCCAGCCCAACAGGGUAUCAAUUGCCCAGUUGAGGAGCAGCUCCUACCUCCCUAACCCCCUUGAGGAUUUAGAAAAGCCGCCUUCUUGCAUGGUAACAGAGACCCUGACCAGGGCAGUGUAUUCACUGUAUCAGCAGAGGGGUCUCCUCCUUCCUGUCCGCACUCUGCUCCUGAAGUUUUUCAGUAGAGUUUAUCAAAAAGAAGAGCUAAGUCCUCACAGAGUCAGGAGCCGCAGUAAAGUGUUGUCUCGUUGGCUGGCUGGUUUACCGUUGCAGCUCGCUCAGCUUGGCUCUAGAAACCCGGAACUCUCCACUCGGCUAAUUGAUAUUAUUCACACUGCUGCUGCCCGCUCCAAUAAGGAUUUAUUAAAUAGUUUGCAAGCCACUGCUUUUCAGAUAUACGAUCCCCAAGAAGGCACCGUGGUGCUUCUUCCAGCCGAAUCCCAGCAGCGCUUAGUGCAGCUCGUGUAUUUUUUGCCAUCCCUUCCUGCCGGCUUACUUUCUUCUCUCAGCCGCUGUUGCAUCAUGGGAAGACUGAGUUCGAGUUUGGCCGCCUCACUGAUCGAGAUACUGUAUAUGAGAUCAGCCUUUGCGGGAUGGAAGUGUUCAGUCCAGGAAAGCUCAAUGAGUGAUGUGGACUAUCUCAGCUUCUUAUUUUCAACCCUUACAGGGUUCUCAGGGGAGGAGUUGACUUGGCUUCAGAGCAUCCGAGGGAAUCCUCACAUCAGCCAGACACCGCUUUCCCCUGUCCGUCUUUACCUGACUGACUUGGAUCAAUUUUUGCACCACUGGGCCGUGACAGAGGCCGUGUGUCACAGUCUGUCCACUAUUCCGUCCCGGAUUCAGUGUCUGGAUAUCCUGCAAAGUGCCAUCACUAAACAUCUGGCUGGACUGGCUGUAAUUCCUGACAGCACUGCAGCAUCAGUUCUCUGCGUCGUGAGUAAGCUCCUGGAUCAAGCUUGUGUUCUUAGUGAAACUAUACAGAAGUUUCUAGCCUCCUGCUGCUACAGUCUCCUUCAUUUCUUGCUCACUUUAGAAAAAGAGGACGCGGAGCAUGUGAGAAAGAGGGAUAAGCUGUGGGGUUGCUGUCUCGCGGUGCUGUCCGUCCUGCCCCGGGUCCUGCGCCUGAUGCUUCAGAGUCUUCAGGUGAGCAGAGCGGGCCCGGAAGAACUGCCGAUCGUGGCCCAACUGCUCCGGCUGCUGCUGCAACACGCCCAGCUGAGGAACCACAUGGUGACCAGCGCGCUUCUGGUGCAGCAGAUCGCCAAAGACAUUACGGCCCUGAAGAGCGGGGACGUCCAGGAGCAGUGGCUGUCAGACCUGCAUUACUGCUUCAACGUCUAUCUGGCCGGCCACCCCCAGGGACCUGGGGCCGUUAGCACCGUCUAUUGAUGAGACCCAGGCGAGCGCCUGCCUGUUGACGCUCCCCCCCCCCCCCCCCCCAACGAGGUCCGGAAACGAGAACGUCGGAGCAAACGUUUAUCAUUAAAGCCGAACUCACACAGAGCA